AUCACUUUUGACGGUUACGAGAAUAUUAAUCGAAGUGCUCAUCGAUGUGACGAUGUGCUUCCUAAUUCCGGUGCCCAAACUUUACCCAAAGUGCAUGUAAACAGUACUUGUACAUUACCCAAUCCGAUUCCCUGCUUCUCCUGGGGUUUGCUACUUCGCGUCGGUUUCAUGGCAAUAUCUGUACGCGGCGUUCGCGCUGGUUCAACUCUGCAAAUAUGUGCAUCGACAGGGAAAACCCAGAAGAGGGAGAGAGUCCGACCUCCCAUUUUCAUCUCCACCAAUCCAUCUCACAUUAAUCUCGUUCACCUUAGGGAGUUAUUCAGUUCCUGCAAUAUCUCGUGCCACAGAUUCCCGAACCUCAACCCCGAUGGCCGGGUUGAAGUUGUCGAUAUCAGCAAGCUCAGAAUUGCUCUCUCUCACAGUUCCGUUGUAGUCUCCGUAUUCUGCAAACCGGAGUUCUCUUAUGGGGAUCCCCCGACAGACGGCUCCACUAUCAGGAGAUUAGGAUUUGUGUUCGGACAACUGUUCGAGAGAGCAACUCCAGUGACGGAAUCCAACGGUCGUUUGGUCGGUUUUGGCCGGGCAGUUUCUGAUAAUGGAUUGACAGCUUCAAUCUACGAUGUCAUGGUUGUCCCUUCACUAAGAGGACUGGGAAUUGGUCAGAUGAUAGUUAAGAAGAUCAUAAGGUUGCUUACAAGUAGAGGCAUUUAUGACAUAGCAGCUCUGUGCACGGAAAAACAGAGGUAAUUCAUUAAAGCAGAAGAGAAAUGAACAACGAGGAACGGAAAGAAAAACAGCCACCGGAAAACAAGACAACAACCAAGGCUGAAACAACAACCAAAGAUCUGUCUCAACAAAAGAACACAGACUAGGAAAUAAAAGCUUGCAAGAUGUGGCAGUCCUCUGCUAUAAUAUAUCCCCCAACCGGGCUGGAAAGUCUCCAAGAAAAAACUUUGAUUCCUUGAGACCUUGUUGGGUAGCCAGAUGAGCUGCUCUAUUGCAAUAUUUUUUUUUGAAAGAUAAAAAGAGUUUCAUUAAAAUGAAAGAGAGAAUACAAAAAGGAAGGUGAUAAUUUAUAACCGAAGAGAAAGAGAAAUACACUAAGGCACAACUUAUAACCAAAGACCUCAAACUACAAUACUCUAAUAGAGACAGACUGAAUAGCACCAUAUCUCCCAACAACUCCACCCACCUCCACCUAUUCCAAAGCCAAGCAAAACCUAUAAUGGUCUUCUCCCUAAUCCUCCCCCUCGAACAAUUCCUCCUGCCUGUCACCAUCCUUGUCCCAAAUCUCUCCUCUUCCAAUUACAACUUUCUUUAUCCUCUCUUCCUUCUUCCUCCUCUCAAAUUCCUCAAGGCUUUCUCUUUUUUUGAUCAAUAACUGAAUGAAUUUCAUUAAAGAAAAUUAAAGAAAUUAUAGAGAGGAGAGGGGAUAUAAUCUCUCUUAGCUCCCCCCAAAUUUUGAAUGAAAUAAAUUAAAACAUAGCCCAGAAAAAAUUGCUUCUUCCCACCCCUUGCUUAGCCAAUGCUCCGGCCAAACAGUUAGCAUCUCUCUUAAUCCAAUGCAGCUGAAUUUCCAAUCCUUGUGUCAGAUACCUGAACUUCCCUUUUUUUUUUUCAUUUAUGUAAUCCCACUAUCCCAUCUCCUUUUGAAGCCAACCAAUAACAAGCUUUGAGUCCCCUUCUAUUAUCAGCUUAGAAAUAUUUAAUUCCUUGGCUUUCUGAAUUCCUUCCAUAACAACAAAGACUUCACCUCUCAAAGAGCCACCUACUCCAAUAGGCCCAGAGAAAGAGCCCUAAUUAUGUCAUCCUCAUCUUUGAAAGUGCUUCCUAUGCUUGAUGGUCCUGGAUUACCUUCACUACUACCAUCAAAAUUCAGCUUGAAAAAUCCAUUGGCUGGAGGAGUCCAGGACGGCCUUGUAACAACUUUCAAUGGAGCAGAAUCAACGACUUCCCUCCACUUUGCCUGGCUGGUGGCGCAUGACAAUAUUCUCACUUCAGACCACCUUAAGUCUAGGGGAUAACAGUUGGCAAACUGUUGCUACUUAUGUAAACAGAAGGAAGAAACAAUCCUUCACUUGUUCUUCUCAUGCAGUGUAGCAAACUUCAUUUGGAAGUUCUUCUCCUUUUUGUUUGGAGUGAGUGUCUUCCAACCAUUGUUUCCAGCAGAGAUUUUCUCCAAAUGGCCAAAACUCAGAGGAAGCAAGAAAGCUAGAAUUCUUUGGAGCUGUGUUCCAUUUGUAGUAUGUUGGUCUAUAUGGAAAGAGAGAAACAGAAGGGUUUUUGAGGACAAGUCAAAAAGUAUUGAAUAUCUGGUAGCAGCAGUGAGCAACCUGAUUUCAGACUGGGCUCUUAGACUUCCAGGCUUUGAUCAAGUAACCAAAGCUGAUCUGUUGGAGAGAUUUUGGAACACCUUUUUACAGCCUUGUAACAAUGAUUCAUUUUCUGUUUUUU